CCACUUAGAAACGUAUUUUGACUCAUGUGGAUCCCUUAGAAAGUUAAAUUUAAAUUACCUUUCUUACUAGAUUCAAGUUUAAAAGGCGUCAUUUCCAAACCUUAGAUACUGAUGAGCAGCAAACAGCAUAAAACCUGAACAGACUGCCAGUUACUCGCAGGCUGUUCUGAUUUUAUGCUGUUUGCACAUAACAAUUUUCACUUUGCCUCUGAGUGGGAAUGGGUUAACUGAGCUGGUAAAUAUUUUUGCGGCUAAACGUUAAGUGAAUGGACUAGUUAGUACAUUAAGAAAAUGUUUGUGUUUCAACAAUCAGUCAAGUGGAUUUUAUGCAAACACUGGCAAAUAUUUGUUCUUCAUGAAGGCAUGAUAAUGGUCAUUGUCGAACCGAUUGUGUACACAUCGCAUCAACAAUUAUAACACCAAGUACAUGGUGAAAAAACUUGAAACAACGCUUCGAAAAAUUACAUCAAAAUAUGCAACAUGACGCAAUGAAAAUCAGUAAAUAGCACAGUGCUUUUAUAAUUUUCGCCAAAAUCGGAUUAAAUUAAGCAUUCAUAGAGCUUUCAUAUUGAGCGCUCGAAGCACGGAGCUUUAAACUUUAUAUAAUUGAAUACACGAGAUUAAAUGCUUAAGGCGACCCGUAAUUCCCAUGAUUGGUCGUUAACCAUGUAAAUAGACUUUAAAAUCAUACUUUAAUAGUCAUGUCAUUGAAAGUGCGAAGUGAAACUAUCGGAAAAGUUGGCUCCAAUAGAGACGCGUUUGGACUUCCUGUCACCCCGCGGAAAAAUGGCGAUACGGUCGACAACUCGCCGAGGGUGAAAUCAUAUGGGGUAGGGGUUCGCGUCCCGAACCUGAGAGAGCUGAAUGGGAAAUACGUGGGGCGAGAAAAGCCGUCAGAUUGCCGUUUUGACAUUGUAGAAAGGGUGACAACGAUAAUCAAGCCCGGCUCCUACGGCGUCGAUAGACACGAAAUGAUCGCAGUUGGUACACAACAGAUAAUGUCUGAGGAACCCAAGACGACCGGCGUCUCGCGUCAACCGACGUUUAUGUCGACCGUUUCGACUACACCGCGAAACGAGGAUUCGAGCAUCCUGGACCGUAUAGGACCUUACCACUGGGAUAAAUACGUAAAAAGCGCCAAGGAACGCGACGCCCGGGACGUGCUAUACAGAAACACUUACUGCUUAGAUCCGCACAAUCUCAGAUAUAACUCGGUAACUCUACCUCGGUUGACGACCCCCGGUGCCGGCGAUAGACCAUGGACUGUUGGUAGCGACGAAAUAACUCCAAAAAAUAGUGUACCCGAGGCUGAUCAUAGUGGAGAGUAUUCGAAAAUUGUGUAUAUUGAACCGCAUAAACCGCGCGGGACGGUCGUGAAAUUCAGGGAGUGCAUGAAACCGUCUGUGUAUGGGUCGGAUGGGAAGGCGUUUGAAGUUCGGAGGUAUAACAGUCAGAGAAACGGCUCUAGGAACGUGUUUCCGCUUAUAAAACAUGACUUCCGGAGGUCACCACGAAUUCAGGAACGACCAUUAAAGUUUGAGAGCUCGAGAUAUUUUCGAGAAAGCAAGGGGACACUAUUUACGAAGCAUAUACUACCGGCGUAUAAGCGUGCUUUCGACAGGGACUAUAGUUCGGCAGAAACGUUUAAAGAGUAUCUGGAAUCUCUGCAGCAGGCGCCGCAAUCGAACAUUCCCGGCAUGCACCCGUCGACUGGUUUCCGUUUUAAUGACAAUAGAAUGUCAGCGGAUUAUAACCGAGUACUACAGUCAGUGAUGGACGUGAACCUGCCGGCAGAGAGUCAAGAAGACGCUUCUUCGAACCAGGGAAGGAUAACAGUGGAGAUUAAGCCUUCAAGUCGGAACACGGAUCGGCCAAUAAUGCCACCGAAGGCACACACGAUAGACAAUUUGUCGUCUGUUCACGGGAGCGUGAUAAACGCGCGUUCCUACUCGCAAGGUAACAUUCAGCCCUUUAGCAGCAGUAUCAAGGACGGCGACUUCAUGCCAAAAACCCACGGUAUUGUGCUCGAGCCUAGAAUAGAGGAAAACUCUAGCGCAGUAAAAAGCUAUACAACCGUACACACUAAGAACAAUGCAGACGAUAACGGCGUUCACGAAAGCGACGGGAGCGUGGUUUCCAAUAAAAGUCUGAAAACUCCGGUGGUUUUGCCGACGGUAGAGAUGCGCGCAGACGACGCCGACGACGAUAAUGAUGAGUCUCCUGCAAGUCAGGUUCCCGCCAAUUCCCCCGUCCACUCAUGAACCUCCUAACACGUAAUCGCCAGAUGCUUAGUGGUUGGACUCAGCGGCGUGUGUUUCUUUAACAUUAAACUAUGGUAUCUAGUAGUGAUAUACACUUAGAUAUAAAAUCACAGCAAAAACUAAUUCUCGUCUUUCUGACAUGUUCCUUUCUUCAAGGGAAGACAACUAUGUUAUGCACAAUCGGAUGUAUAUUAUGUAGUCAAAUUAUAUGAAAAAACUUUUAUAAACACUUAAGGACAAAAUCUUAGAAAGAACGAGAGAGGGUUUGUUCGUGUUACAAAAUUAAAUAAUGUAUUGUUAAUGCAUUAAAAUGACGGGUGUUUUAUAAUAAAUUCGAGUUCCAAAUAAUUGAAAAUGAAUAGAUAAAACGGAACUGAUGGUAUUACUGAAUUGAUGAAACUUUCUUAUGGAAUGGAAAAUGCUGAAGCAAAAAUAUCGCUUUGUUUGCAGUAAAUACACAUGCAAUUUAAUCAAACACACACAAAACAACAACAAUUUCUUAGGAAGAGUUGUCACGUCUGAAAUAAAUUGUGUCUUUCAUGAACAUGUUUUUCUAUUGUCAGUAAAAUUCAACCGACUUCCUCACACGCUGCAUAUGAACUUUCACCAUUGUAUGCAUUUUAUUAUUAGUCUCAGGCCUCUGUGAUAUGUUCUAAUGUUAUAACUGUGAUACAUUGUUUUAAACUGUGUGAUAUGCACCGCUUGAUUUGCAAUAUAUCGUCACAUUUUACAAGCUGUUACAUUCAUGAUAAAAUGAUAUAAAAUGAUAAAAAUAAAAUAAUAAUUUAAAUAAACGAUGCAUAAAGAAUGUUUGUUGUUUUUCCUACAUGUAUGAUGUAUGUUUCCAAAUGGAUGGGAUACUAACAGUCUAUACAUAUGGUUAACUACACUCUUGCGAUAUUUG